AUCACGGCUACAGUAUGUACAGUAUGUGAUUUUAACGCUUGUCCCACACCUCGGCUUUUUAUGGGAUCACUGAGCUUUCAGGAUGUUUUCAUGCUAAUGUCUGAUACACGUGGUUCACAACCGCAAGAUCUGAACUGUGAGGUUUUUCAGAAAGGAAGGCGAGGAGGAGAGAAGAUGCUAUUUCCCUCUUUGCAAGAAAUACAGUUCGUAGGGGGGGUCUCCUGCAUCGUUUAUAAAGAGCACAAAUCGAACUCUAUUUCCUUGAUGUGCGUUUGUACCAAAAAGGGAGAUAGCUUUGCGCUGGGUUUUUUCUCCUUUUUUGUGCUUUCUGGAAACUGAAAGACCCAAGAGGGCUGAAUGGGAAACAAUAAUGAGAGACAUCUAAAACACCAGCGCUUGAUGUUACAACAUGCAAAUCUGGUUUAAUAGUGAAAGUUUUCCAGUAGCUCUCGGGGGCAGUGGUUUGUCGGAUAGUCCUAGACUUCAGAAGGAAUAUCACCUGCUAAGAACUGGCUUCACACACGGGGCGAAAGCUGGGAAUUCGUUCCAGCGCCGUGUUUUCGCGAUGAAGCGGAGGCAGAAGAGAGUUCUGCAGAUGACCUUUCUUUUCAUGGUGGCUUUGAUUUUCCUGCCUAACAUCGGUCUGUGGUCCCUUUACAAAGAAAAACACCUGAUGAAGUCGCCAGAAGCUGGGGAGCAGGGUUUUCCACUAAGCUUGAGUGAAGGACAUAUUUACACGUGGACUGAUGGCUUGCGAAGAAAAGAUUGGCAUGAUAAUGAAAGCAUCAAGAAGGAUGAAAUGCGUGUAGGUAAAGGAGAGCAUGGGAAGCCUUAUCCACUUACUGAGGAGGAAUCCGAGGACUCUGCGUACAGAGAGAAUGGCUUCAACAUAUAUGUUAGUAACAACAUUGCUUUGGAUCGCUCGCUGCCAGAUAUACGACACCCAAACUGCAAGCAAAAGCUGUAUUUGGAAAAGCUGCCAAACACCAGCAUCAUCAUUCCUUUCCAUAAUGAAGGCUGGUCCUCUCUGCUACGAACAGUACACAGCAUUAUGCACAGGACACCUGACCACCUCAUAGCGGAAAUAAUUCUAGUGGAUGACUUUAGUGACCGAGAGCAUCUUAAAGAACGGUUAGAGGAGUACAUGGUACGAUUCCCUAAGGUGAGGAUCGUGCGGACGAAGAAAAGAGAGGGGCUUAUUCGAACUCGACUGCUGGGAGCAACAGUAGCCAAAGGAGAAGUCUUAACCUUCCUGGAUUCUCACUGUGAGGCUAAUGUGAAUUGGCUGCCACCUCUGCUUGACCAAAUUGCUCAAAACUCCAGAACCAUCGUGUGCCCCAUGAUUGAUGUCAUUGACCACAACCACUUCGGCUACGAGGCCCAGGCGGGCGACGCCAUGCGUGGGGCCUUCGACUGGGAGAUGUACUACAAGCGCAUUCCCAUCCCGCCAGAGCUGCAGACGGGCGACCCCAGUGACCCAUACGAGUCACCAGUUAUGGCAGGGGGCCUUUUUGCAGUAAAUCGACAGUGGUUCUGGGAACUGGGAGGCUAUGAUCCAGGACUAGAGAUAUGGGGUGGAGAGCAGUAUGAAAUAUCGUUCAAGGUUUGGAUGUGUGGAGGAAGUAUGUAUGAUGUCCCAUGUUCUAGAGUCGGUCACAUUUACCGAAAGUAUGUCCCCUACAAAGUGCCCUCUGGGACCAGCUUAGCAAGAAACCUGAAGCGAGUCGCGGAGACGUGGAUGGAUGAAUACACAGAAUACAUCUACCAACGGCGGCCAGAAUACAGACAUCUGUCAACCGGGGACCUGACAGCGCAGAAGGAGCUACGCAAACAUCUCAAGUGCAAGGACUUCAGGUGGUACAUGACUGCUGUUGCCUGGGACCUGCCCAAGUACUACCCUCCUGUAGAGCCUCCACCGGCGGCCUGGGGGGAGAUACGGAAUGUGGCCUCUAGUUUAUGCAUAGACAGCAAACACGGGGGGACCGGAACCGAGCUCCGACUGGAUGUGUGCAUGAAGGAUGGGUCAGAACGCACAUGGUCACAUGAGCAGAUCUUUACGUUCGGCUGGAGAGAAGAUAUCAGGCCGGGGGACCCCCUGCACACCAGGAAGUUCUGCUUCGACGCCGUCUCCCACAGCAGCCCCGUGACGCUGUACGACUGUCACGGGAUGAAGGGAAACCAGCACUGGAGCUACAGGAAGGAUAAAUCUUUGUAUCACCUAGUGAGCAAUAGCUGCAUAGACUGUAGCCCCAGUGAUAAGAAGAUUUUCAUGAACAAAUGUAACCCUCUGUCUGAGACCCAGCAAUGGAUUUUCCAGCACAUAAAUGCAACAGUCCUGGACAAAUUCAACAGCGCUGCCAGUUCAUAGGCUUGCCAAGUGGGAAAAAAAGGAACAGAUGAUAAUUAUUCUUUUGUACCUCCUAAGGCAUCUUAAUUGAUGGAUUCGGGAGUUACGUUUCUCAUCCACAGGAGGCCCUUUCUCAGGAUCUCUAAAACCGGAAAAAAAAGCAACAGCUUCAGCAAAAGGCUUCCAACAGGCACAUAUCAGAAACAAGCAGGACAGCUGUGGGCCACUGAAAGGGAAAUCAUGGGACUAACUUGGGUGCCUUGCUGGUCAAGGAGAAACUGACACAACACGCACUCUUCAUGCUCGGGGUCAAACUCAGGUCCAGCCCUUCUGCCAUCGAUCCCUGUUAAACGGGUGGAGCUUCCUCUUUGGCUCGGAGAAGGAUCCUUCAGCCCCCUGAAGGGAAAAGCAUGACUGUCCUUUGCUUAGGUAUUUCUUAAGAACAAACCAAUGUGACCUGGACUCUGGGUCUUUCGUUCUGUUUAUUUAUUCUCAUUGCUCAUGUAUAUACUGUACUGUACUUGAACAGUUUCCCUUUUCAGGUUUGUUUGGGGUCAAAAAUCAACAGAGGAAAAUGUGGCCAGUAAAACGCCCCACACAAAUACGGACUGGAUUACAUUCAGAGCUCUUGCUACAGUGCAAAACGAGAGCCAUUUGUUGGAGUAUGGAACAGGGUACCCUGUGGUUGAAACCAAUGCCCUGGCUUCUUUUUCAAGAAACAGCUGGAUAGGAUUCUCAAUUGGCUACCAACAUUUAAACAAACCAGAUGGGCCGAAAGAUCUCCACUCGUCUGUAACAGUUGUUAUGUUCUUAUGUUCCUAUUUCAAAUUCUGUAAAUUCCCGUUACUUUGCAAAACAAUGUUAAGUGGAAAAAUACAGUAACUAUGCCUUUCCUUUC